AUGAUUGACACUACAACUAACAUCUCAGAUGAAGUUUAAUAAACAUCUGAGUAACUUGAAAAUCUCAAUAUUGAAGAGGAAAAGACUUAAAGCUCAGGCGCAAGUAGAGAGGACUUGAUCAGCAAAGCAAUACUUUACAAAGAAGAGGGAAAUAGCUUCUUCAAGUAAAAAGAUUACAAGAGAGCAUUAGCUAAGUACUCAAGAGUUUAAUGCUUCACAAAUGUACUUAUUCCAAACAAAGAGGGCGAUAUGGCAAUGUAUGCAAAUUUAAGUAAAAAGGCUAAGGAUCUAGAAGUAGAAGGAGAUGAUAAGGAGAAAAUCAUAGAAUUAAUGGCAACUACUUUCCUUAAUAUGUCAAUAUGCUUCUUCUUAACUGGUUAAUUCUCUAAAUCUGUAGAAAAGGCAACUUUGAGUAUUAAGAGUAAAAAAACUAUCAAAGCUCUAUAUAGAAGAGGAAAAGCUCAAAUGGCUAGAAAGGAUUACGAUUAGGCUAUAAAGGACUUUGAAGAAGCAGUCAGAAUGGACCCAAGUGAUCCCAAUGAUAUACAAUAGGAGAUUAUGCAGGCUAAAAGAUUAGAACGUGAAAGCGACAAACAGAGAUAACAGAAAAUGCAAGGAUUUUUACUUAAGGGAAAUGAAUGA